AUGGCUGACUACACCUCGUCCACUUCCUUCAACCCCUCCACCACCAACAACAACGCGUGGACUGCCUCCAACAUGCCCUCCACCCACGCCUCGCCCGUCUCUGCCACCUUCCCUCUCGAUGGCUUCACUCAACACACCCCCCAAGCUCCAAUUCUCAGUCUGGCCCUUGCAGUCGACAUCAGCGCCUCGCCCGCCUCGAUUGACGACACCAAUAUCACCACGGGAACACCUGCUUUGUUUGACUCUCUCAAUCCCGACGUCAACACUAUCGCGGUCUUGAACAACACCGUCGCCCCUCAGGACUUUUGCCUGUACGAGAGAAUGGAUCCCUCGGCCUUCGACUUUCCCCUCUUUGGCGACUCUUUUAAGCAGCAAAAGUUGAAGCAGGGAGGCUUGUUCCAGAACCAAUUGACGGACGAGGAACUGACCCUGGCACUCGACAUGCAGCACCAGCAGCAGAUGGGGCAACUGCGCUAUAUCCAAUCGCACGCUAUUGGAUCCGACGACCUGUCGACAGCAGCAGCAGGCACCUCCUUUGGCGAGCACCCUCUCAUCUCAGCUGACAUGGGGUUCAGCAGCCCCAUGUCAACGUCCGCCUCGAGCAACAAGGUCUCGUUUGGGUUCGACAGCCUCGCCGCGCUGAUGGACGACUCCGCCCUUGAUCUUAGUCAUGUCACCGCUGCCAUGAAGAUCCAGGCCCAAGUUCCUUUCCACGACCACCAGCACCAGCACCAGCAGCAAACUCAUGUCUUCUACACUCCUGGCCAUGCUUCUGAUACCCCUCUCCUUGACGCACCUUCGACCCCGUGCCUCAGCUCGCCCUUCAGUCCUUCCUUGGAUACUCCGGCGAUGCCCCACCUUGGCUUCAAGUUUGGCGGUGACUUUGGAUGCGGCGACCAGAUCCCCCUCUUUGGUACUGGUGGACCGAUGUUUCCCUUCCAGUUGCCGAUGCCCAUUCAGCUUGGCCAUGUGAUGCAGUCAAGAGGAAGCGGCAUGGUUGCGCCCCAAUCGACCCUUCUUAAUGCCAGUCCCAAUCCGCCUGCGCCACUCACAUUCGGGGGGCUUUGCGAGUCUGAGUGUAACCUUAUCACGUCCACCUCGUCCUCCAUCAAAAAGGAGGAAGAAGACACUGCAAAAAUCUCCCACUUUUCCCUUUCCGACUUGUCGACUUCUUCCAACUCUCCCCUCUUCUCCGACUUUGACGACGACAACAACUCUGACGACGACGAUAUGGACUUCAAGGACGAUGCCGACGACGAGGAUAUGGAGUUCUUCGACGUCAAGUCCUCAGCCCCAGACCACAGCGCAGCAACCUCAUCCUCCAACACCGUGGUUAGCUUCGUCUACAGCGGAAAGCGCAAGUCCACCAACGACGCUCCUCGUCCAGCCGCCUCGAUCGCAUUGGAAAGGCACUCGUCCAUCUCUGGCAGAGACAACGACAAAGGCAACGACAGUGAGAUCGAUGCCGACGACCACCAAGCCGACUCGAACUAUAUCCCCGUCGCCACCUUCAUCCACAACCGCAAGCGAAAGGCAGUCCCCGCGCCCGCUUCCCCCUUCAAGAGGACUCGCCCGACGUUGGCGAGUCAUUAUGGGGGGAACAAUGGAUCCUCCUCCUCCUUGUCCUCGUCCUCAUUUGCCACCACCAAGCAGCAGUUCGAUAUGGAGACCGGCCCACUAUCACCUUUGUCGAACCAGGACAAGCCGGACAAUCUGCCCCCAGCCCAACGGAGCUCCAACAAGCGAGGACCCGGCAAGAAGCGUCCCACCAGCAGCGAUUGCCACCGACCCUUCGUCUGCGAUCACCCCGACUGUGGCCGUGCGUUCAAUCGCCUCUUCAACCUGCGCUCUCACGUACGAACCCACGACCCCAACUCUGAGCGCCCUUUUGUCUGCGAGGCGGACGACUGCAAGAAGGCCUUCACCCGCAAGCACGACCUCCAGCGUCAUGAAACAUCAGUUCAUCAGGGCCAGCGUCGAUAUGUCUGCGACACCUGCAAGAAAUCCUUCUCUCGACAGGAUGGACUCCGCCGCCACUACAGACGAGAGGUCAACAGGUGUGCUCCUGGCCAAUUUGAGGGUGUCGAGGGAGAGGAGGACCAUGUUGGCUUUGGAGAGGAGGACCAUGUUGGCUUUGGAGAUGAGGAUGACGAUGACUUUUCCGACGCGUCCGAUACAGAGAAUCGACAUUCUGCGACUUGA